UCUGAUCAAAAGUGAAAGUAGCCUGUAGGCUAUCUGAAUGUCUCACGGUUCGUGUUUCGAGGUUAGCCUAGCAGAGAGCUGUUUCAUGUCUUUGAAUAAGAUGCGUUUUUGCUCGCUUAAUGUAAAUAUAUGUAUAUAACAAGCGACAUCUAGCAAAAUUAUUAAUUAUAUUGUCAGGAGCUGCUCGGUGAUGUUAACAAUAUUCGUCUUCCUUUCGUUGGUUUAUGGGCUGGAGGGAGCUGAUGUGGUCCUGUCCUGCUCACUGAUCGAAGAGGGGGGAGGGAUGGGAGGCAUGAUGGGCGGGGCGAUGUUCAAGCGCACCCCCUCCACUCUGGUAUUCAGGGAUCUCGUUGGAAAUGCUGAUCUUUCACCAGAGCUCGUGACCCCAUAUAACCCUCCUGAGACCCCUAAUGCUGAUGAUCUGAUCUUUGAGUUGAUGUUACCAUCCAUUCAGAUUCCUAAUGCAGACUUGCUUCUUCAUGCUGAUUGUAACGAACAGGAAGUGGUUUGUGAGAUCAGCCGUUAUGUUCCUCGUGGGGCUGAUAUGGAUUCUCUACCUGCUCAUUUCAUUGGCUCAGUUCAGCUGGUGGGUGGCGGCAUCAGCCUCACUCUGGUGCUACAGACCCUUCACGGCGAGACAGCACAAUCCGACACACAACCACUCGUGCAGAGCAAACUCAACCUGACUCUCAGCCAAUCAGGAACAUUGCUGACAGAUGUUGUGUUUGUGGUGUUCUCGCGCGUCCCAUCCAUUGUGGCUCCAAUAGGGGGUGAUGUGCUGUUAGACUGUGGCUUUAGACAGAAGGACUCAGUCCCUGGGCAGGAAGUGGCACUAGAGUGGCGCUUACAACACAGAGGAAAUGGCCGUAAAAUUCUUGAAAUGAAAGCGAGGGAGGUGGAGACAGACAUGGCACCAGAUGUAUUUGUGGAUCGGGAAGGCACAAGCGCUGAAGCAGAUCUUCUGGUGAGGGAUGGUAAUGCGUCUCUGACUAUGCAGAGGUUAAAGGUCACAGAUGAGGGCACUUACAUCUGCACUGUCGGCUCUGGGGAGUUUCAGACUCAACAGAUUGUGCAGCUGCAAAUUACACAACCUCCUCAUGUCAAACUCUCUGAGGAGAAACUGAUAUUUCAGGAUUCGACGCCACAGAAACUGAGCUGUCAUUGUCAUCGUUACUAUCCUCUGGAUGUGCAGGUGGAGUGGUUUUUCCAGGUGCCCUCUGCAGAAGAGCCGGUCUCUUUGACAAAAGAAUCCUCCCUCUCCAGCCAUCGGCAGCACAGUGAUGGAACGUAUUCCCUCUCCUCUCACCUCACCCUACGGCCCGACAAGCACCCACCGGGGACGGUUGUCACUUGUAGGGUCUCUCACGCCUCCCUAGAAACAGACAGUGAGGUCAGCCUGACUGUGGACGAACCUGAGCCAAAAAAAGCCUUCUGGACAAUCAUCUUCAUGUUGGUGAUAUCAGUGCUGUUUUUGUAUCAAGCAUUCAGAGGUGCAGAGAACUGAGGACCUGUCUUCUGAGUGAAAUCUUGGGAAGGAGCCAUUUUAGUUUGUUUACUUCAACUGUAUACAGUGGAUUUAUUUUCAUUCCAUUAUGGUACAUUUGUUUAAUAGAAGUUAAAUGUCAAAAAAAGGUUUCCUGCGUAAUUUAUUCUAUAAACAUAAAAUGAAUUCCACUGUUUUUCUUCUUAUGUUCUGAUCUAUUGGAUGCUGUUUACUUGUUGUACAUUUUCCUUUUUUUUUUUUUUUUAAAUAAAAACAGAAACCGAG